ACUUAAAAAGUUUUAUCCCACGUUACACAGAUGUUUCCAGACUUUGGCUGUCUUUUGCCUGCCACGUUUUACUCGAUGAUCUAACUUGUGUAGACGUCCAGGCUAUGUCUCUUGCCUGCCACGUUUUACUCGAUGAUCUAACUUGUGUAGACGUCCAGGCUAUGUUUCUUGCCUGCCACGUUUUACUCGAUGAUCUAACUUGUGUAGACGUCCAGGCUAUGUUUCUUGCCUGCCACGUUUUACUCGAUGAUCUAACUUGUGUAGACGUCCAGGCUAUGUCUCUUGCCUGCCACGUUUUACUCGAUGAUCUAACUUGUGUAGACGUCCAGGCUAUGUUUCUUGCCUGCCACGUUUUACUCGAUGAUCUAACUUGUGUAGAUGUCCAGGCUAUGUUUCUUGCCUGCCACGGCACGUUUUCCGACGUCUUCCUUAACCUUUUCCCAGGUCUUCUUCACAUGCUCCUUGAAGUCUUCCCAUGUGUCUUCGGCCUUGAUUUUGAUAUCUUCCCACAAACCGCGGCGCACCAGCUCCCUCCUCAACGCCUGCGCGUCUCGCUCUACGCUGCUCCUACGCCACCUGGGUCUGAACCCAGGCCACAUCUCCCAAGUUCCCGGCCCAGCAGUUUCCCCCCAAACUACGAGCAUGCGCACUUGACUCACCUGCUGAGACCAGACCAGUUCAGACAGACCAGAACAAACGACCUGCACAAGUUGUCCCCCCUAUAUAUCCAGUUCUCCAGCAAUUCAACAAGUUGGGCAGGGUGAUUAUAA